AAAAAGGCCAUCCAAAUUGAGAUAUUUUGGGUUGGAAAAAAUGGUGGACAACUGCUAAUUCUCCAACCGCUACAGUUGUUGCUACUUGCUCACAUGCUUCUCCUCUCAAAGCGCCAACAAUUCGGACAAGUUUUGCCGAGUAGAGCGAUGGCGGCCGUACCUGAAAACGACACGCAACAGAAUACUAUGCCUGUCGCCGGCGAAAACCUCGCUGCGGCGGAGGUGGCCGCUGGCAGUUCUUCUCUGGUUAGGUGGGAGAGGUUUCUGCCGAAAUUAACCGUUAGAGUAUUAUUGGUUGAAGCUGAUGAUUCCACAAGGCAGAUUAUUGCUGCACUUCUCAGGAAAUGCAGCUACAAAGGAUAUGUUAUACGCUUUCAAAUUCUGCUAGCAUUUAAGGAGCUUUAUAUGUGGCAAAGAGGAUGAUCUCUAACUUGCAGCAACCCGACCAGGUUGAGCUGUUGCGGCAGUUUCUGAUGGUUUGAAAGCAUGGGAGGUAUUGAAAGCUAAAGCUGAGAACAUUGAUCUUAUUCUGACAGAAGUUGAAUUGCCAUCAAUCUCUGGAUAUGCCCUUCUCACUUUAAUUAUGGAGCAUGAUAUUUGUAAAAAUAUUCCAGUGAUAAUGAUGUCUUCAUAUGACUCUGUCAGUAUAGUUUACAAAUGCAUGUUGAGAGGUGCAGCUGAUUUUCUUGUAAAGCCUAUCAGGAAAAAUGAGCUCAGGAACUUGUGGCAGCAUGUGUGGAGGAAACAAGUUCAAUCAAGUGGUGCUGGCCUUGGACCUCCAGAUGAGAGCGUGGCGCAACAGAAGAUUGAAGCUACAGCUGAGAACAAUGGUACUAGUAAUCAAUCAAGUCAACAGAAAAUUGAAGCCACGGCUGAGAACAAUGCUACAAGUAAUCAUUCAAGUGGUUAUAUGGCAUGUGUUCAGAGAAAUAGGGAGUGCAUCGAGAAAGGAACUGAUGCCCAGAGUUCAUGCACGAAGCCGGAGCUGGAAACUGAAGGACCAGAUGUUGAGCAUGUACAUUCUCUCUUACAGCCAAAAACUAACAAAUGUCUUUCAGACAACGUAAAUACUUAUGUGCUCAAAGAACGUCAAGAAGAAAGCAGAAGAACAAGAGCGCAUGAUAAUGAGGCUGGAGGGUUGCAGAUUGUGGCUAGCAUGGAUGUUAACUAUGGAAACACACAAGGACAGGACAAGAACCCUUCUUUGGAACAAGUUAAUGUCACUGGUCAGGGUUCUGAGAAUAAUCAUGUCAGAGAGGCUAUUGACUUAAUUGGAGCUUUUAGUAACUGUUGUAAAGGAACUUUGGCCAGUCCCGCCUCAAAUACCAGCACAAACAAGUUUGAUAUUUUGCCCCUGUUGGAUCUGUCUCUGAGAAGAUCUCAUCCUAGUGGCUCGGUGAAUCAAGUAAACGAUGAAACCCGCAGGAUAAACCAUUCGGAUGCAUCAGCAUUUUCUCGGUAUGUCAACAAGCCAUUGCAGCGAAGAAACUCCACAUCUCGAAGCACAUGUAAUCAACAGAAAGACCUUGGGACCAAUUCGGAGAAACAACAAUCUAAUCAUACCCCUGAGUAUACUUCCGAUGCACAUGGUUCAAGAAUAAGCUCACAGAAAUAUGCUUCCGUGACUGGGACCCGGACUGGACUACCCGAAACUCCAUUUUGCUACCCUCAGCUAAGAGAAAAUUCUCAACCAAUUCCAGCUAGAGGUGUAGGAUUUGAAAAUGUGAUCAACGGAUUUGGUGCUGUGAUGCCUCAAAUGUAUUCUGCACAAUCUGGCCUGUCACCUUUGCCGAGUCCCGGUGCAGCUAGCCACAAACAGUCUUUUGCUUAUUUGAAUCAUCAAGCAGACCAUCAGCCCACAAAUUCUCAGAGUUUUCGUGACCUUCUUGAUCAAAGGGUCAGCUGUACCAUGGAGCAAACUGAUAAUAAACAAGGCCAGAAGCAUAAAACUUUUGAGGAUAGAGGACACUUUUCUUUUGCCAAUGAUCAGAGUCCUAACAGUGGUUGCUAUAAUGGCUAUACAAGCCACCAUCAGAGCAUAGGUUCUGGUGCCAUUGGCCAGAUUAAUUCUAUCUCAGUUGUCGAUGCCACAUCAGAUGCUGCUAGUGAAGAGGGAGCCCAAGUUCAUGAGAGUGAUUCAAGUCGGUCCAUGCAAAGAGAAGUGGCUCUAACAAAAUUUAGACUGAAGAGGAAGGAGAGAUGCUUUGAGAAGAAGGUGCGCUAUGAAAGCAGGAGGAAGCUGGCUGAGCAGCGUCCUCGUGUGAAAGGGCAGUUUGUGCGACAAGUACCUGAUGAUGCUCAACCAGGAAGCUGACAGCUGGUUAGCUCAGCAUCCUCUUAAAUUUUUAGAGAGUGAUCAGUUUAGAUCACUGUGAUUGUUAGAAAGUAGAAAUGUUCCAAGGGCUUUCAAGGCUUCAAGCUGAAAGUGAAAAUGAUUACUUUUACCAUGUAAAAAAAGGCUGAUUGCCAUGUAAGUUUUGUACUAUAUAUUUUCACUUUGUUUAGGAAUUUACUGCAUAGACAAGUCUAGUUAAUAGAUAUAUGUCAGUUAAAAGCCACAUCUUAGUACAGUUGUUGCUACUGAAUUCCCAUAUUCUUUUCCAAGUUGAGUUGCAUCUGAUGAUGCCAAUAGGUA